CCAAAAGGAAGAAGCCUUUAUCAAACUUUGUGUUUUUUAUACUGUAAGAACCUGAUAAAAAUAAGAUAACGUUUCACACAGGUUUCCAUCGCGAUUUUUUCUUCUACAAAAUAACCAAGCAAAAUGUCAAUUCUAAGGCCAUUCACCUGCGAUGAUAUGUUCAAAUUCAACAACGUGAAUUUGGAUCCACUCACGGAAACAUACGGACUGUCAUUCUACAUGCAGUACCUGGCCCAUUGGCCUGAGUAUUUUCAAGUUGCUGAGUCCCUAUCUGGAGAAAUUAUGGGUUACAUUAUGGGAAAAGCUGAAGGCCACAGUGAAAAUUGGCAUGGUCACGUAACAGCUCUUACCGUUUCUCCUGAUUAUCGUAGGCUAGGACUAGCUGCAACAUUGAUGGAAUUUUUGGAAGGAGUAUCAGAAAAGAAACAAGCCUACUUCGUUGAUCUUUUUGUCAGAGUGAGUAACAAAGUCGCAAUAAAAAUGUAUCAAGAACUGGGGUAUAUCGUCUACAGAACCGUUUUAGAGUACUACAGUGGUGAUCCAGAUGAAGAUGCUUAUGAUAUGCGAAAAGCUUUAUCGAGGGAUGUUAAAAAGAAGUCAGUUAUACCAUUAACACAUCCUGUGAGACCUGACGAAGUUGAUUGAGUGAAAUUGUGAAAAAUGUAUAAUUCAACUAUAACAAACAACAAUAAACGUAAUAUUCUUAAUCUUCU